GAUUGCGUAUGCCAAGCCGGGGCGCGUUAACCUCUCCUCCUUCCCAACAGAUCCACAUUCCCAGCAUGCUCCUUGCUAGUCCCUGACCGGCAUAGACUGUGGAAACAUGGCGGCGAUUAGCAAAUACUUGACAGCUAAAAAUUCCUCCAUAGCGAGCGCCGUUCUCAUCGCCCUAUACCUCCUGAAGCGGAGACGCAAUGCACAGAAUUACAGAAGUAAGAAAAGCGGACCAGACUCUUCGCUCUUAAAUAAUGAUAAAGAUGGCAAGAAAGAGAAGGCGGCGGUUGACAGAGUGUUCUUUGCAAGAAUCUGGAGAAUCGUAAAGAUUAUGGUGCCUCGAACCUUUUGCAAAGAGUCAGGAUAUCUGCUGCUCAUUGCUGUCAUGCUGGUGGCUCGAACAUAUUGUGACGUGUGGAUGAUUCAGAAUGGCACCUUGAUUGAAAGUGCAAUUAUUGGUCGUACUACAAAAGAUUUCAAGACCUACUUGUUCAACUUUAUCGCUGCCAUGCCACUGAUAGCCUUGAUAAACAAUUUCUUGAAGUUGGGGCUAAAUGAGCUGAAACUUCGAUUCCGUGUGAGGCUCACCAAACACCUUUAUGAUGAGUAUUUGAAAGGUUACACCUAUUACAAAAUGGGUAACCUUGACAAUAGGAUAGCCAAUGCAGACCAGCUGCUAACACAAGAUGUGGAGAGGUUCUGUAACAGCGUAGUGGACUUGUACUCGAACCUAAGCAAGCCACUGCUGGAUAUUUGCUUAUAUAUCUUUAAGCUGACAAGUGCGAUAGGUUUUCAGGGUCCUGCCAGCAUGAUGGCAUAUCUGAUUGUCUCAGGCCUCUUCCUUACACGUUUAAGGAGGCCUAUAGGCAAAAUGACAGUGACUGAGCAGAGAUAUGAAGGAGAGUACAGAUACGUCAACUCACGGCUCAUCACAAACAGUGAAGAAAUUGCCUUUUACAAUGGAAAUAUGAGAGAAAAGCAGACAAUCCACACCACUUUCAAGAGGCUGGUUGAUCAUUUGCACAACUUCAUCAUCUUCCGGUUCUCCAUGGGCUUUGUGGACAGUUUGAUUGCCAAGUACCUUGCCACAGUAGUCGGUUAUCUGGUGGUAAGCCGUCCUUUUCUGAAUCUGGCUCAUCCUCGCCACCUGAACAGCACACACUCAGAGCUGUUGGAGGAUUACUACCAAAGUGGACGUAUGUUGUUACGGUUGUCCCAAGCUCUGGGUAGGAUUGUGCUGGCUGGACGGGAGAUGACAAGAUUAUCAGGGUUCACAGCUCGCAUCACAGAAUUAAUGGAGGUGUUGAAAGAGCUUAACUCUGGCAAAUAUGAAAGAACCAUGGUUUCCCAGCAAGACAAAGGUCAGGAAGGUUUGAAAACAUUGUCACUGGCACCAGGCAGUGGAGAAAUCAUCAUCGCUGAUAAGAUUAUUAAGUUUGAUCAUACACCUCUGGCAACGCCCAAUGGAGAUGUUCUAAUCCAAGAUCUCUCCUUUGAGGUGAAAUCUGGUACGAAUGUUUUGGUCUGUGGUCCCAACGGCUGUGGAAAGAGUUCACUUUUCCGUGUUCUAGGAGAACUGUGGCCUUUGUUUGGUGGACGUCUCACCAAGCCUGAAAGAGGGAAGUUGUUUUACGUUCCGCAGAGGCCGUACAUGACCCUGGGCACACUCCGGGAUCAGGUCAUUUACCCAGACACCUAUGAAGACCAGAAGCGGAAAGGAAUUUCUGACCAGGUUCUGCAGGAGUAUCUGGACAAUGUGCAGUUGGGUCACAUCCUUGAACGGGAGGGGAGCUGGGAUAUUGUCCAGGACUGGAUGGAUGUUCUAAGUGGGGGAGAGAAACAGAGGAUGGCUAUGGCACGUCUGUUUUACCACAAGCCUCAGUUUGCCAUCUUGGAUGAAUGUACCAGUGCAGUCAGUGUUGAUGUUGAAGAUUUCAUCUACAGCCACUGCAGAAAGGUCGGCAUAUCCCUGUUCACAGUGUCUCACAGAAAGUCUCUGUGGAAACACCAUGAGUAUUACCUGCACAUGGAUGGAAGAGGAAGCUAUGAAUUCAAACCCAUAUCAACAGACACAAUUGAGUUUGGAUCAUAAAGCCCAGGACAUUUUGUUAAAGGAAUAUUCUAAAUAAUUCUGCACUUAAAGUUAACGAAAAAAAUAGGAAGUUUUUAAUUAUUUGUAACCUUGUCUGUUUUGAUGAUACUGUAUUUAAGUCCAAUAAUUCUGUAGUAUGUUGCUAACAAUUGUAUAUUUGGAUAUACUGUAAUUAUUACUUUACUAGGUUCCAGUAUAUGCAUUGGAAAUGCUAAUAUGUAUGGUUUGUAGAUUAUGGAUUAAUUAAUGAUUGGGAAUUAACCAUAUUAUGCUUAAUCAUUCAAAACAUUGUGCCCAUGCAAUUAUUCGUGUGAGAUGUAUAUUAAAAUCAUAACAUGGUAUUUCCUUGACCUGAAAAAAUAGUUUCUCCAUAAUCUACUCCCUGUUGACAUGUGUAAUUAGUAAAUCAAACCUUUCAGAUAAAAAUAGUGUAAUAAUCAAUGUGUGUUAGUUUUGGGACCUCUGUAAAACUAGGAUUUGUUUUAUACAGGACACUGUAUGGUAAUAACAUAAGAAUGCACUACAUAAUGGCAUGCAUUCAGGUAUGCAAUAAUUUCAACUAAAGUACUUUUUCAUUAAAAAGGCUAAAACAG